UUCGGUAAAGUGUUACCAUUGCUCAUCGAAGUCCAAUGAAACCGAGUGCACGUAUCCGGAAAAAUACGGUUUUCAGCCGGUCAUUUGUGACAAGACCGCCAUCGAGAAAACGCAAUCGUUUGCCAAGAGCGUCGAUCCGCGAUACGAUGCCAUUUUUGCAGUGGACCAUCUCGACAUGGCCAAAAAUUUGGACUUGAACUGUUUGAAGGUCGUUACCAAAGUCGGUGAGAAACAGUACAUCAUCAGAGGUUGCCAGCUUGCCCAGCAAAGCAACAUCGACAUUUGUCACAAGAUCAGGGAGGCAAACAUCGACAACCAACUGUCUGUGGUUCAUUGCUCGAGGUGUGCAGUGGACAAGUGCAACCUGGCACCGCAAAUACAAACAUUUCCUAUAUAUUUAACGCCGCUACUUAUUAUCAGAUUUGUGGUCCUCGACUAGAGUUUUUAAUUGUUAAUUUUGCAAUUUAAUUUUGCUUUCCCAUAUGCUAGGCAACCGUCAGCGUAAUAUCGGUAAAAAAAUUCGUAUGUUCUAGUGAAGAAGAAGUAAUUGAAGGUUGUAAUCAAUAUAAAUGCGU